ACGACGCAUUGCUUUUAGUAUUAAGAAAUGUUUUAAGCUAUUUCCUAAGAAUUGCGAAACAAAAUUAUUCUCAUAUGUUGGUACACAUGUUUCUUGUCAAUCAAUUCGAAAGUUGAAUUGGUCGAAAUCAAACAUGAGAUGUCGGGUUUAACCUUCAAAUCGAGUUCAUAGAAUAUGAAGACGUCUCUAUUUAAGCGAUGCUUAAAAAGUCUAAAAUCAUUCCUGUUGGGAAACGGUUAUUGAAUAUUGCUAUAUUUUAAUGUAAAUGGUUCUUUUCUGACAAUAUUUCAGUAUUGUACAAAAGUUUCAGUUUAUAUUGGGCAAUGUGGAUAUUUGGUUACGGGUCUUUGAUGUGGAAAGCUGAUUUCCCUUACAGACACGGAUUAAUUGGAUACAUUAAAGGUUACAUGCGACGCUUUUGGCAAGCUAGUGAAGACCAUAGAGGGGUCCCAGGAAAGCCUGGACGUGUGGUUACAAUUUUGCCAUCCUCCGAUCCUGAAGCCGAAGUUUGGGGUGUUGCAUAUGAGAUAGCUGCAGAGGAUGAAGAAUUUGUUACAAAACAGCUUGAUAUACGAGAAAAAAAUGGAUAUAAUAAAGUAACUGACAAAUUUUAUCCUUCUGACCCUGAAAACAAUAAAUUGGGAAAACACUUUCAUGAUUGUUCAAAGUGUUCACAACUUCCUCAUGAACCUUUUGAUCUUGUGAUUUAUGUUGGUACAGAAGAUAAUGAGUAUUUUGCAGGUGCUGCAGAUAUAGAAAGUAUUGCACAGCAGAUUGUUGGUUCUGUGGGUCCAAGUGGGACCAAUAUAGAGUAUCUGUAUAAAUUGGCAUCUGCUAUGCGCCUUCUUGCUCCAGGCGUUCAAGAUGAGCACCUGUUUGCUCUGGAGGAAGCUGUACGACAUUUGGAAAAUCAAGUACUAACAUAAAUGUCAUAUGUGAUAUCUACAAACUGUUUAGUGUGUUAAAGCUAUUACUGUAAAGUUUAGAAGACAAAACUGGUGUACUUUAAUUCUUUUAAAUUUAGGUGCUUUGCAAAAUUGAUUUUAUGGUACCCUUUAGAGAAAUAUAUUUUUAUGCACUGUUAUAUAUAUGAAUAUGCAAUAAAAUUUUAUUGUGUGUCAAUUA